AUGGGAUUUACAAGAAACUUUCUCUUGUUAUCCAUGAUAAUCAUCAUUACAGUGUCUAUUGUAAGAUGCCUAAAAGUUAAAGUUCAUGACAAAGCAAGUUCCUUUGCUCCAGGCCUAACAAAACACAAGGCGAGAGAACUUGCGGCAAACCCAUCUGCCCUGAUUCACGAAGCUCUCAACCUCGUUCGAAGACGGCGAAGUGUUGAUGUUGCAUAUGACGACCAUAUGGAUAGAACAAAGCGCGACAAAAUUGCCAACUUGGCAAACAGACGAGCUGUUGAGGGAUUCCCUCCUAGCGAAUUUAACGGCGAAAGAGAGCAUAUUAUUGACAAGCGUCAGAUUUCUGAAGACUUGGACAGUUUAAAAAACUACGAGGCCGAUAAAAAUGACCUUCGUCUCCAGGAAAUAUUGUCGGGCUUUCAAAAUGAACCAAAAGUCAUCACAAGAUCUAAGAAGGACUUACAUAAAAAUGUAAGACAGUUAAAAUUAGUUUUAAUGAACAAUUAUUCUAGAAGUUUUUUUUUCAUACUCCCACUGUUUUAUUUGUUCUCCGCACUAGUAUUAGAAAUUUCCUAACUCGCGCAUGCAGUUUAUAUAGGACACUUAAUUCUAGGAACCUGAGGUGGUACCAAAUUAAAGCUGAAGAUGUUCGAUGACUGCCUGAUUGUAGAUUAAUUAGGACAGAUUUGUUGGAAAACUCUGCACUUCAUAUCAAAGGAAAUAGCGGGAGAUGGAAUAGGAAAAAAUAUUAGUUCAUUGUCAUAGCGUGAGUAAGAUUUUCGAAUUGCUUCCGUGGCCGAGAAAAGGUAGUUUUCCGGAGCGCAUAAGCGUACAGUUCUCUUAUAGGAAAUGAAAGGCAAAGAUUUAAAUACAAUUUUUUUUUUUAAUUUAAUAGUUCAUGGUCACUCAUAGUAGAACUUACUUAGUCAGUAUUUUAUGCAAAGAACUGCUACUGUGCCAAAUUUUGAUUUAGCUCCGUUAUUGUGGAGUGUCAUGGCACGGUAAAAGUGGGUGAACAGAAAACGAAACGCUUUUUGGCCACCGGGAUAUGUGAUGGGAAAAAGUUGGGUGAACAAAGUUAAAGGGAAUAAAGGUACGUCUUAUUCGCUGCUGAACCAAUGCAAGAUGAAUGAAUACUAAGUAUGACUUUAUUGAUCAUGUGACUGAUGCUUACACCCAGAAGACCUAUCAAUACUGUGUGAGCAUGAGUGAAUUUACUAGGGAAAAGCCAUAAUGUAAGAUCAAGGACCAUCAACCAUCCAAGCUAACCCAAUUUUCCUUAACAGGAUGUUAUUACUAUGGCUAAAAAAUCUGAUGACGCAAAACUCUUCGAGUUGAACUCUUUAGGCCUUGAAGACUUGAUUCGGAAAAUUGCUCCGCUUCUAAAAGGAAAGGACGGCCGAGAUGGAAAAGAUGGAAAGGAUGGAAGGGAUGGGAGAGAUGGACUUAGGGUAAAAAAAACUGUUUUUUUGAUUCUUACUUAAUGAGGUGCGCGGCAUAGUAAGUAGGAACUUAAAGAUUCAACAACGCUGCGGCUACAAGAACGUCUAAAAAACAAUAGGUUUAAUAAGCAAAACAACUUCUUUGCCGUUUUUGCACGACUACGACGUGAAAAUGCCUAAUUUCCUAUUUUAUGAACGUAAAAAAGCAACGUCGAAAUUUUAUUUCGCUUUCUGAACUUGAAUAUGGUCCCUUGGAAUUCAAAUUCAGGAAGGUUCGCGUACAUUUGACAAAGUAAGUAAGUAGGAAUAAUCGCGAUAAAGACUGAAAGAACGAAAAUUCGCUUUUUAAGCGACGUUCUCGUUGCGGUCACGUCGUUUGAUCUUGAAGUCCCUUAUAGCAAAAGGAGCGGCGGAACAUUGGGGGGAGCUGACUACCCUUUGGAAGUGGGAAGACUCAAGGGAUAGUCUGAAGUAAUUCUCCUGGUAAGCCCUUAAUAGCGGUCUCGGCUGGCCCUUACCCCUUCCACCAUAGCCCAAACGGCUUUGCGGUCCCUAAACUUGACUUGUAUGACUAUUUGUCAGUCUCCCUCGAAAGGCGAAAGUUGCGUGAGACCGUCAUCCGAUUAGUUACCUGAACUGAAGUCAUAAGUGACUUUUUCUCUCACUUCUCUCAUGUUCCUGAAGGUAACGCCACGCAUUUAAAAACUAUUUCAUGACUAAUGUCCAAGCUUAACAACAGAAGUUUGAAUCGAAGUGUUGUAGAGGAAAUAAUACGCCAUGCGAAUGAUGCCUUGCCUGAUUUUCGUUCUUUAUCUUUAGCGUCCUGUCUUAACUGCUCCCAACACUACAGGCUAAUAAAACUUUUUCAACAUUCUCUGGUUUAACGCUUGCACAUAGUUAACGAGACAUAACAAUCUUAUAUUCUCCAUAGUAAAUAUCAAUUUCUCUUUUCAUAGGGCGAACCUGGUUACCCUGGCCCCCCUGGUUCAUCUGGCUACACAGGAGUAAAGGUAAUACCCCGGCUUAGUCUUUUGCUCAACACAAUUUUUUAAGACAUGCAUGCUAUAUUCACUGAUGUGGAUUUCUUUUAUUACGCGCGGAUAAAAAGGCGGUGCGCAUGCGUAAGAUAUGGUUGGGAGUCUGGAAAGCGCACGCACCUCAGAGCAUUGACCAGUCUUCCUUAUGCAAAACGCUAUUCAGUCUAUUCAAAUAGAUUGUUUAACAGCAAGUGAGAAAAGAUGGAAAUUUGAUAUAAGCCUUUAACUGAUCUUUGGAGUGUUCUGACGAUACCGCAAUGCGAGGUGACGUUGGCGUUUCAGCUACCCAACUUGAGGUACAUGAAAUAGGCUAAUACGGAUUCAAGGCUAAUACAAAAUUGGCACAAAGUAGCUGGCUCGUCGGUUUACAAGUUGUACAAUGCCAGGAAGGCUUUUUUUUAUGAAAGAGUUGAAUAUAAUCGUCUGAGUGAGUCAACUUCUUAAAAGGAAUGUUGGUGGGGGCACUGAAUUCAUCAUUAAGAAGCUUAAGCGCGCUUAGAAAGUCGAAUUGUCAUUCAUACACUCGCUUACAUGAUCAUUACCUUGAUAAGGUAUGACAAGUCUUUUGAGUUCAAAUCAUUUCAACUGAAAAAAAUCACUUUUUUGGUAUGGAAAUUAAUUAGAGCUUGUCAGAGCUCAUUAUCCGCACGAGAAAAGUGACAAAAUUUUAUGCAAAUUAACUGACUCUAUUUUCCUAAGGACGAGAAACCAUCUGGACAUCUAACAAGCGACAGCAGCGCCUUUCGUUUCUCAGAUGGCCUUGGUGAGUAAAAGUUACAUGAUCUUUAAUUUUUGCCAAAUUUUUUUUCCAGAUUUAUCGGGAAGAUAAGAUUGUUGGCCUUUCAUCCUUGUCAUAUAAUAAAUAUGCGUUUUUAAAUUCUGUUAAUUUAAUCCUGAAUCCUGAAAUCAAACAAAUGCAGGUAUCGUUUUCGCUGAAAUUAUGAGAUCUUCUCAUGCAUUACUGUUUAAAAAUGUAAAGUUCUUUUUCUCAUUGAUCUCAGAAUUUUCUCGUUGGUGUUCUUCAUGCCCGACUGCGCAUCUUUCCGGAGGGAUGAAAUCAUCAAACAACACUCUUGAAAUUCCUCGAGAUGGAAGAUACUUCGUCUACUGCCAGUUUCACCUACUACAGACGGAUGAAGACAGAACAGGGUUCGAAAUUCUUGCGAACGGAAACAUAUUGCUCUCUAAAAUAGUGAAAGGCGAAGAAGCCACCUACUCGGGUGCAGUAUUUGUAAUGAAGAAGUCCAGUCUUGUGUCAGUGAGACUUCUGGGUCAUGGCACUAUAGAGGGUGAUCAUACUGUAAACUUUCUUGGUGCCUAUCAAUUAUAG